UCGCUAGCGGUCGAGUUUAUAUGUUUGACCUUGUCAAGGUGACCGAUAUCGCGGUAAAAUUAUUCAGUCAGGUUUUGGCAGCUAUACAAGUCUGUUUUGUAGGCUGAAGCAAAAUCGCAAAAAUGAGCGUUCAAACAGAUUCAGACAAACGUAAGCAAAUAUCUGUUCGAGGUAUUGUUGGUUUAGAAAACGUAGCAGAGGUGAAAAAGGCAUUUAACCGGCAUGUCCAUUAUACAUUGGUAAAGGACCGAAAUGUUGCGACCCCCAGAGACUACUACUUUGCCCUGGCGCAUACUGUUCGGGACCAUCUCGUCUCCCGUUGGAUCCGAACACAACAGUAUUACUAUGAAAAGGAUCCCAAGCGAGUAUACUAUCUCUCAUUGGAAUACUAUAUGGGAAGAUCUCUACAGAAUACUAUGAUCAACCUUGGUAUCCAAGGAACUGUAGAUGAAGCUCUUUAUCAACUAGGACUCGAUAUUGAAGAACUUGAAGAAUUAGAGGAAGAUGCUGGUCUAGGCAACGGUGGCCUUGGUAGACUCGCUGCAUGUUUCCUCGACUCUAUGGCAACACUCGGACUUGCAGCUCAUGGCUAUGGUAUCAGGUAUGAAUAUGGUAUCUUCACGCAGAAGAUAGAGAAUGGGGAACAACAGGAGGACCCAGACGACUGGCUAAGAUAUGGUAACCCAUGGGAAAAAGCGCGUCCCGAAUUUAUGCUACCCGUUAACUUUUACGGACGUGUUGUGGACACGCCGCAGGGUAAAAAAUGGAUCGAUACUCAGGUUGUGUUCGCCAUGCCCUACGAUAAUCCAAUCCCAGGCUAUAAUAACAAUGUGGUUAACACGUUGCGCCUGUGGUCCGCAAAAAGCCCCAUCGAUUUCAAUCUACGCUUCUUCAAUUCCGGAGAUUAUAUUCAAGCUGUUCUUGAUCGUAAUGUUGCUGAAAAUAUAUCCAGAGUUCUCUACCCCAACGAUAAUUUCUUUGAGGGUAAAGAGUUGAGACUUCGUCAGGAAUACUUCAUGUGCGCCGCCACACUACAAGAUAUUCUGAGAAGAUACAAAGCAUCCAAAUUCGGUAGCCGUGAAGCAGUUAGAACUACUUUCGAAUGUCUCCCAGAUAAAGUAGCCAUCCAGCUCAACGACACUCACCCAGCUCUCGCUAUCCCGGAGCUUUUACGAAUUCUGAUCGAUAUUGAAAAACUUCCAUACGAGGAGGCUUGGCAGCUUGUAGUUAAAUGCUGCGCCUACACCAAUCACACCGUCCUACCCGAGGCCUUGGAAAGGUGGCCUUGCACUAUGCUAGAAAAUGUACUGCCGAGGCACAUGGAAUUGAUCUACCACAUCAAUUUCCUGCACCUCCAGGAGGUUCAAAAGCGUUGGCCUGGUGAUAUGGACCGCUUACGUCGCAUGUCUCUUAUUGAGGAAGAAGGAGAAAAACGGGUUAACAUGGCAAACCUUUGUGUAGUAGGCUCGCACGCCGUCAAUGGUGUUGCCGCCAUUCACUCUGAUAUUCUCAAAGCGACUGUAUUCCGCGAUUUCUACGAGAUGUGGCCAGAGAAGUUCCAGAACAAAACUAACGGUAUCACGCCACGUCGUUGGAUACUGUUAUGUAACCCGGGUCUCUCUGACAUCAUUUGCGAUAAAAUUGGAGAGGACUGGACCGUCCACUUGGAUAUGUUGCAAGGUCUGAAACGCUGGGCUAAAGACCCAGCUUUCCAGCGAGCCGUUAUGAAAGUGAAGCAGGAAAAUAAGCUGAGGCUCGCAUCUCUCAUCGAAAGAGAUACCGGAGUCAAGAUAAACCCGGCGUCGAUGUUCGACGUACAAGUGAAACGUAUUCACGAGUACAAGCGCCAGCUCCUGAACAUCCUGCACGUAAUCGUUCUGUACAACCGGAUCAAGCGAGACCCGUCCGCUCCCAUCACUCCAAGAACUGUUAUGAUUGGUGGUAAAGCUGCCCCUGGCUACUACAUCGCUAAGCAAAUCAUUGCUCUGGCAUGCGCUGUUGGCAACACGGUCAACAAUGAUCCCGACGUCGGUGAUAAAUUGAAGCUCAUAUUUUUGGAAAACUACCGCGUGACGUUGGCGGAGCGCAUCAUGCCGGCCGCGGACCUGAGUCAACAGAUCUCGACGGCGGGAACCGAAGCGUCCGGAACUGGAAACAUGAAGUUCAUGCUCAACGGAGCCCUCACCAUUGGCACCAUGGACGGCGCCAACGUGGAGAUGGCUGAAGAAGCCGGCGAACAUAAUCUCUUCAUCUUUGGUAUGCGAGUCGACGAAGUUGAAGAAUUGAAGAAACGCGGUUACAACGCGUACGAGUACUACGAGCGCAAUCCGGAGUUAAGGCAGUGCGUGGAGCAGAUCCGCAGCGGGUUCUUUUCUCCGGGCGAGCCGGGCCGGUUCUCCAGCGUAGCCGACGUGCUGCUGCAUCACGACCGCUUCAUGCACCUCGCUGACUUCGACGCGUACAUCGAGGCGCAGGAGAAAGUCUCGCGGGUCUACCAGAACCCAUCCAAGUGGGCAGAGAUGGUGAUCGAGAACAUAGCCUCGUCUGGCAAGUUCUCGUCGGACCGCACCAUCGCCGAGUACGCACGCGAGAUCUGGGGCGUCGAGCCCACCUGGGACAAGCUGCCUGCGCCGCACGAGGUCUAGGCCGGCCAGGUCUGCUAGGUCGGCGAGGUCGGCUAGCCACUCGGCAGUUUAAACAUUUAUCUCUCACACUAGAUAUGGGUAUGAUGCUUGGGAUUAUUACACAUUUUACUGUUUGUAGUUUUGAAAAUUUUAAACCCCAACGAUAUUUUUUUAUAUUUAAAUUAAACGAAUCAGCUAUAUUAUAUUCAAAAUAUUAAAUUAUUACAAUCAUUAUGGUUAUAGACGAAUAUUUUAAAGCCAUAUUUUUUUAAUGAUUUAAUAUAAUUUUUUAAUCUUUAGAACAGGCAUGAUUUUUUGAGUUGAAUAAAGAAUGUACUAAUGCCCAACAAAACAAAUGGAUAUAUAAAUAUAAUGAGUUAAAUAGUUUAUGUUAUAUAUUGGAUAGUAGUUUAGUGUCUUAUGCAUAAUGAAAUAUAUUUUAAUAUUUACAUACUAAUAUUUAAUAACAUGCCAUAGACUUGCCUAAGGGUGCUCUUUGAAUAAAACUUGCUAUUUUGACACAAGGAUGGAAAUAUUAAUGAUAUUAUUUUUGGAUCUUCAUAAAAAGGGUUUAUUUUUUGUUAUAUAUUUUAAUCAUAUAAUUAAAAACACAUUUAAUUAUAAUUUUUUCCCUCAUAUCGUAGCCUAUGACAUCUGUUGUAUGUCUGUUAUUUUGUAGACGUGAUUUUUCUAAUUGUCUUGUAACUUAUAUAUUAUAUUGAAUAAUAUAUGUAGUAUUUAAUAAAAUUUUCAAUCAAUUUCAAUGAUUCUUAUGAGAAUAUAAAUGUCUUAAAAGUGUAUUAUGUAGAAAUGUCUGUUUCAUUGGGAGUUAAUAAUUAGUAAUAAAUACAAAAAUGUAUUAAUUAGUUAAAU